AUCCAUAGAAGAAGUAGAGGCGCGUCUACCGUGUGCGCAUGCGCGGCGUGGACUGUUCUCCACAGAGCCAUGCGCGUGAGAAAAGAGCCUUAACUCGGACAGAAAGAGCCGUUAACAUAAGAGGACAUGAGUCUGAAGGAGGAGCCGGAGCUGUGGGGCGUGGAACGGGACACGGGUGAGGCCCAAGAGCAGAAAGUCGACCUACACAACACAGGUGUCCAGAGCUCAGAAGACCAAGGUCCAGAUCUUCUCAACGUCAAAGAAGAACCAGAGGAAGUGAACAUCGAACAGGCGCCGCUACAAGAAGACCCAUUUAUCUGUGUCACUGUGAAAGAUGAGGAAGAGGAGGAGGGGAGACAAGAGGAGGACAGUGACGAAGCUCCAAGUUUAGAAGAACACUCAGAAAGCGAAGAAAACUACGAGAACUCCUCUGAUACUGAUGACUCUGAAGACUGGACAGCUGAAAGUCCCAAAAACAAAACUCACAAAUGCUCUGACUGCGGGAAGGCGUUUGCUUCUGUCCAAGGUUUAAAGAGACAUCUACAGAUCCACACGGGACAGAAACCUUUCAGCUGUUCAGUUUGUGCUGUGGAGUUUAACCAAAAAGCCGAUCUAAAGAAACACAUGAGGACUCACACUGGGGAGAGACCCUUCAGGUGUCCAGUCUGCGGAAAGGGGUUUUCACAGAAAUGUAACAUGCACAGACACAUGAAGACCCACACGCGGCAGAAACCUUUCAGCUGUUCUGUUUGCGAGGAGGCGUUUGAAUCAGAGAGUCAUUUAGAACGCCAUGUUGUGAUUCACGCCGGCAAGAAACCAUUCAAAUGUCCGUUCUGUUUGAAGGGAUUCCCCAAAAAUGCGUUGCUCAAAAUCCAUCUUCGGAAUCACACUGGAGAGAAGCCAUACCAGUGCUCAGUUUGUGCCAAAUCUUUUGCCAAAACCGGAGUUCUAAAGGAGCACAUGAAAACUCACACUAUACAGAAAAGAUAUGAAUGUUCAAACUGCGACCAAGUUUUUACCUCAAAGAUGACGCUUAAGAAACAUGAAAAAAGCCACAAAAAUGAGAAACCGCCGACCUGUCCUUUCUGUCCCAUGACUUUCCAAACCAGGAUCAAUCUAAAGAAACACAUACGGACUCAUGGGGACAGACCUUACAGCUGUUCACUUUGCAGUAGUAGUUUUCAGUAUCCAGAUCUCCUCAGGAAGCACAUGGACUCUCAUGCAUUUCGCUGCUGGGUUUGUAAAAAGGCGUUUCCGGAUGCUUCGAGUUUGGAGCAGCACAUGAAGAGCGGAAGUCACGUCACAGAGGAAGCCGUUAUGUGUUCAAAAUGUGGAAUCCGAUUUAACACCAAAGACACUUAUGACCAGCAUCUGUGUCGCAAGAAAGAGACUGCAGCUCAGGCGUCCUCUCCAAAUAUGUCUGUCACGUCCUCAGUCCAACCAAAAACACUCCAGACUCCGCUGAACCUGGUCCAAAUCCUUGUGAACCCUCAGACCGGAACAGCCGUGUUUUUGACUCAACCCAAGCAAUAAGUGUGAACGACUUGAGACUUCUUAAAAGUCAUAUAUUAUGU